AGAGAGGACCAAGAGGGCAGGAGAUACGUGUAAACUGUAUGGUGCGAAAACGUUAAGUCAAAACACACUUCAGACAUUUUUCCAAUAAUAAUUAAAAAGAAAAAUACAAACAGCAAUACAAGAUGAUCCACAGCUUAUUUAUGAUAAAUCCUUCUGGGGACAUUUUUAUGGAAAAACAUUGGAAAAGUGUUAUCAGCCGCUCAGUAUGUGACUACUUCUUUGAAGCCCAAAAUAAGGUCAGUUGCCAUGACGAUGUUCCACCAGUAAUAGCCACUCCACAUCAUUAUCUGAUCAGUAUUUAUAGAAGUCAACUCUUCUUUGUUGCUGUUGUGCAGAAUGAAGUUCCUCCACUGUUUGUGAUAGAGUUUCUUCAUAGGAUCUUUGAUACCUUUGCUGAAUACUUUGGAGAAUGCACAGAGACAGCAAUUAAAGAGAACUAUGUAGUUGUUUAUGAGCUUUUGGAAGAGAUGCUUGACAGUGGUUUCCCGCUAGCGACAGAAUCCAACAUUCUGAAGGAACUAAUCAAACCACCAAACAUCCUUAGAGCAGUGGUUAAUACAGUCACAGGAAGCUCAAAUGUUGCAGAUACGUACCAAGCGACAGUUGUCAAUGUGCCAUGGAGGCGAAGUGGGGUCAAGUACACCAACAAUGAGGCAUACUUUGAUGUGAUUGAAGAGGUAGACUGCAUCAUAGAUAAAUCUGGUUCUGUAGUCUUUGCAGAGAUUCAAGGUCAUAUAGAGUGUAGCGUCAAACUCUCUGGGAUGCCUGAUCUUACCAUGUCAUUUGUCAACCAUCGCCUCUUAGAUGACGUCAGUUUCCAUCCCUGUGUCAGAUUCAAGCGUUGGGAGUCAGAGAGAGUGUUGUCAUUUGUUCCACCUGAUGGCAACUUCCAGUUGUUGACAUAUCACAUUGGAGCUUCAAGGUAA